AUGCUUCAAUUGGAGUGUUUUCUUAGAUUAACAUUGUUGCUUUGUGUUUCAUUUGGCUUCUUGUUACAUCCUGCUGUAACAGCUGUAAUACCAUUAGGUUCCAAACUCUCGGUUGUAGAUAAUAACUGUUGGGUUUCUACUAAUGGCGAUUUCGCGUUCGGGUUCUUUAACAUUACCAACGAACCUAACCAGUUUAGCGUUGGUAUUCGUUUCAAUUCAAAGUCUAUUCCUUAUAGCCAACAAACACUUGUAUGGAUUGCUGGUGGUCAUGUCAAAGUAAGCAACGUAUCAUAUUUCCAACUUACUCCACAAGGGGAACUAGUCUUGUUUGAUUCCUUACACGGAGUUACUGCAUGGACUAGUGGAACAGGAAACAGAUCGGUUGUUUCGGCUGUGCUUCACGACAAUGGAAAUCUUGUUCUUAUAGAUGCAAAACAAAAAGUUAUUUGGCAAAGUUUUGAUAAUCCUUCUGAUACGCUACUCCCAGGACAGAGAUUAUCCGUAUCCAAGUAUCUUCGUGCUUCAUCCAAGGACCUAGAGACUAGUUACUAUAGUCUUUACUUGAAUGCUUCUGGUCGGUUGCAGCUUCGUUGGGAAAGUAAUAUUGUAUACUGGACAAGUGAAAGCCAUUCUUCUACUGAAAAUCUCACUGCUUCCAUCACAUCCGAUGGAUCUUUUCAACUUCAAGACCAACAUUCUAAAGCUGUUUGGAGUGUGUUUGGAGAAGACCACAACGAUUCUGUGAGUUAUCGGUUUCUUAGGCUAGAUUUUGAUGGCAAUCUCCGGUUAUAUUCAUGGAUGGAAGAUUCGCAGUCAUGGGGAUCGGUUUGGCAAGCUGUUGAUAAUCAGUGCAAGGUCUUUGCUACUUGUGGUGAACGUGGUGUCUGUGUCUUCAAUGCUUCAGGUUCUGCUGAGUGCAGGUGUCCUUUCAAGACAAUCGAAACUAACAAAUGUUUGGUUCCGAAUAAACAGGAUUGUGCUUCUGGUACCGAAAUGAAAGUGUACAAGAACAUAUAUCUAUAUGGAAUUUACCCUCCUGACGAUUCGAUAGUCACAAGUAGUUUGCAGCAAUGUGAAGAGUUGUGCCAGAAUGACUCCCAGUGUACAGUUGCAACCUUUUCGAACAUAGGCAGUCCACAAUGUUCCAUAAAGAAAACAAAAUACAUAACUGGCUAUGAAGAUUCAUCUCUAACUUCAGUGUCAUUUGUUAGGAGUUGCGCAGAUCCAUUUGCUGUAAAUCUCAGUUUCACAAUGUCGCCUCCAUCAGAACCGUCUCCUCACAGGCUUUGUGUUUCUUGCUUGGUAGGAGCAGCCUCAGGAACAUUUGUCAUUGUCGGUUUUGUCCAGCUGGGAAUUGUUUUCUUCAUAUGUAGAAGAAAAGGUUCUACUAUGAGAAGAGUCACACUAGCAUUCACAGUCCCGAAUUCGAAAGGUUUGAUGGUGUUAUCCUUUGCAGAAAUCAAGAGUGUCACCGGAGAUCUCAAGAAUCAAGUUGGGCCCAAUAUGUUCAAGGGUGUGCUACCGAGCAAUCGUGUAAUUGCAAUCAAAGACCUGAAUGCAUCCAUAGAUGAAAGGAAGUUCCGGAGCGCUGUUCUGAAGAUAGGGAACAUCCACCACAAGAACCUAAUGAAGCUGGAGGGUUACUGCUGUGAGCUCAAUCAUCGGUAUUUGGUCUACGAAUAUACCAAAAACGGCUCGUUGGACAAGUAUUUAGACGAUUGCACUCUUUGCAAGAAGCUAACAUGGAGAAAGAGAGUUGAAAUAUGCUCAUCAGUUGCGAAAGCAAUCUGUUAUUUGCAUUCGGGGUGUAGGGAGUUUAUAAGCCACGGAAACUUGAAAUGUGAGAAUGUAAUGUUAGACGAAAAUUCCGCCGCGAAGGUGUCUGAUUACGGAUUCGCAAUAGUUGACGGCGAGGCUACAUACUGUGGCUUUUCAGCAGAAAAAGACGUAGCAGACUUCGGCAAAUUAGUGUUAACCUUGUUAACUGGGUGUCGCGAUCACGAACAAGUCUCCGAAUGGGCUUACAAAGAAUGGCUAGAAGGAAGAGCAACUAACGUGGUUGAUAAAAGAAUCGACGGCGGUGCUAAUUCAGACGAACUCGAACGUGCAUUAAGAAUCGCGUUCUGGUGCGUUCAACUCGACGAACAUAAAAGACCUUCGAUGGAAGAGGUAGUGAGAGUACUAGAUGGUACAUUGAAUGUUGAUCCGCCACCACCUCCAUUUCAUUUGGCAUUUGAUCCACAAGAGAAUGGAUCAGAAUCAGAAAUAGUAUCCGUGGUUUAG